CUUGCACUUACUUGUUUGGAUCUGGAUUUAGUGGUAUUUCACUGUUAUGUAAUUUGUUCUCUUGUCUCAGAUGGUAGAAUGUGGGUAGCGGGAGGCGGCCCAGCUGACAUUGUUACCGCUGCUUCUACUGCUACUGCUUCACAUACUCCUUUACUCGUCCCUCCUACUCCUCCUCCUCGCAGAUUUCUCGGCGAAAAUAACAAAAGUAGCAAGACGCCAUCAGAAACUUUAAGAUCCAUCGUCAUACUUGGUAUGGAGACGAUUCAAGAUGCCUCACCUCGAACACUUGCUCAGCCCCCUUCCUCUUCCUCACCACUACCAGUGUCUAAGCCUGACACGUCCUCUCCGCCUCUUGACCUUCCUCCAUCUCCUGAAUUUUAUCCAUCCUCAUCUCCUCCACCUCCGCCACCACCUCCUUCUUACCUUUUCCCUGAAUUGUCUUCGGAGGACCUUCCACCUCCACCUCCUGCCCAUAUGCUGGUGGAUGUAUCAACUCCGCCGCCUCCAUUGUACAUCUGUUGUUACGAUCCACCCUCUCCUGAAAUAAAGUCUGUGUAUGAUCCACAGCUUCCACCUGGAUUUUCUUCGAAGUCUCAACAGUUAACAUUUUCCCCUCUCCCUCCUCCUGUUCCCCCUCCUCCACGACCUUCGCCUCCCCCUCCCCCCACGCCACCAGUCCGUCAGGCAUCAAGCGAAAAUCUGGCGGUGCAUCUACAGCCUUCAGGUGAUAAGUUUGAUGAUUUAGACGUGAGUGAGUUUACAACAUGGAAAGGAUCUGAAAGUAAUAGAUCAUCUGAUGGUGAAUAUCACAAACACAUUGAAAACCGUACACCUGAUGACCGGUCACCCUCCAGUAUAAUGUCUUCAUCAACACUCACGGCAACUUUUCUUCAGACACCAGAAUCUGGGAUGUCUCCUCUGCCACCACACGCUCUCAGGGUCUCUCCUGUUCCCACUGAUGACAUCACGCCAUCAUCGCAGACUACUGAGAUCGAUGAUUUCACCAUGACCCCUACAUUCAGUGAUGUCACCUCUACACCUAACUUUUACGACAACAGUAAGACCUCAGCUCUUGACAUGGACACUCCUGAGGCCAUGCCACAACUCUCAGAAACCCCAGGAACUCCUGUUACUUCUCCGGCAUUCUUACUCUCUCUUGUACCUACUAAAAUUCAGCCAAAUACACUGCUACUACCUCCUCGUCUUUCAUCUCCAACGACUUCCGAAAUAUCACCACAUUCUUUAAGGAGCGAGUGCAGCUUACAGAGAUAUGAUAGUGAAUCAGAUAAAACCAACAAUGCACUUAGUGAAAGAUCAGAUUUUGAGACACUGGUUGGCCCGAACACAGCUACCACCACCACUGCCGGACAAGCCCAAAUUUUGUCCCCCGUGUCCACUGAACUUCCAUCUCUCUUUUCUCUUCCAACUGACAGUGAUACAAUCUCUGCUGAUUUUGACUACUCCUUCGCUGCUGAUACUUUGUCUCCGUCCGGCGAGUUUGACUCUUUUACACCUGAGGUGGAGACGUUCAGCAGUGACAAACUUGUGACAGCGACAACAGCAGACGUGCCCCACACUUCUCCCUCUCCGGGGUUCUCCGACACAGCUUAUGCCACGGCUGACAGCGCCCUAGGCUCAGCUACAAUGUCUCCAUCAUUUACUGAAUCUUGCACUAUUACUCCAUUGCCCGCUGACUAUUUCACACCCAUCUCUACAAACCCCUCUACAACACCCAUUCCAUCGCCCAUUGCUACUGAAGCUCUUAGCCCAAUACCAUCUUCACCUCUACCUUACUUUGAUGCAUACCCUCCUAUAGAACACAUGCCGCCAUCACCAUCGCCGACUCUGUGUUCUCCAUCCUCCAACAAGGAAACCACCAACAUAUCGGUAACGUCAUCGCAAGGUCUCCUUCACUGUGAAACCAGCAAUGAAGAGAGGUUAGUCAGAUAUCAGACUUCAGAAACUAUUGAAAGCGAGACCUUAUUACAGAGCUCACAGGUAAUGUUACUCUCGCCUUUAGCUACAUCUACCAUCACCACCCCACAACACACAGUAUUUCCCACAGAUACUCAGAACCCUGAUCUGGAGGUACCAGAUUUAAACGCUGAUGAACAACUUGCUGAGGAUAAAUCAGAUAAGAAUGAUGAACAUGAUUUGAAGGGUAUACAGGAGUCGGAGGAAAAGCAAAACUCCGAACUUGAUUAUACAGAUCAAAUGACAAUUAAACAAAGUGAAAAUGAAAUAACAGUGCUGCAAACAAAGAUAAGCUUGCAAAAAGACUCAGAUUAUGAACUGCUGCACAUGGAAAAUGAACCAAAUAUAGGGAACGUAAGCCAAAAGUUAAAGAACGCUUCAUUUGAAGAUAACGAUAGUUGCGAACAAAAUGUGCAGAAUCAACAAAUAAACAGAACAUGUGAGCAUCGGUUAAGCAGUGUUCAUUUGGAAAUAAAUGACAUGAUAAAUGGAAACAUGAGAAAAAAAACAGACAGCGAUGCAAUGAACAUACAAGACUCUGAGGUAACGAAAGAAAACGCAGAUUUCCAUGUCAAGACUGAAGAAGUUCCAUCUAAACAAAUGGACAUCAACCAAGAGAAAAUGUUCCAAGAUGAAUCCCAAGAAAGCACUCAGGAAAUUUAUGAAGUAAUGGAAGAUGUUAAUGGAAAUUUAAGUUACGUAUUGGAAGAUAAACUAAAAGCUACUGUAAGUAGCUGCGAGACAAAGGAAUCGAAUUUAGCUCAAGAAACAAAGGAUGAUAAAAAAUCUACUGAAGGUAUUCAGGAAACAGAGAAAAAGAAAUCUCUAAACCACCAGAAACACUGUCGAGAAUCUAUGUCAGUUCCUUCAUCACCUGUUCCGUACAUGAGUGCUAGUGUAGGUGGGAGCAUGUACCCGAGGAAAGACUGUCCAUCUUAUACACCUCGUCGUUUAGUAAGCUCUAGUGUACCUGCUUCUAAUAAAAUACAUAAGACCAGCUCACUUUCAGCUUCACCUGAGGAACCCCUGCAGCUCCUGAAUGCCGUUGUUGCAGAUUUAGAAAACAUUACUGCAGGCCUUCCAGCUUCAUGUCCGAAGCAGAUGAGACCUGCUAAUGUGAAUUGCGGUAAACUUAUAUAUGAGGAUAGUUGCGCUCAUACUGCAGAAAAAUCUCUACAGGUAAAUACAGUUUGCUUAGAUUCAGAAACCAGAGAAGCGUCUGUUAUUGAAAAUUUGAUACAGGAAGAUACAGAAUAUUUGUAUACAGAAUCUGAUACGAUAUCAAGGUCGGAAUCUUGUGCCCUUCAACAUCCUACCAGAUCAUUAGACAGAGAAGCAGAGGUUGAUGCUACAUACGACAGUAAUUUGGCAACUAAAAUUCCCAUUAUUAGCUCUCACGAAUUAUGUGAGGGAAAACACACCCGGAGGGAUGAUACCAAACACAAGCAAACGUGUGUAUCCUCAGUAACUAUAUGUUUGGUGGCUUCCCCACCUGAGAACUCGCUUGUUACACGAUCACCUCAGCCUCCACUUACAUCCAAAUCCUUGGAUGAUGCUCAUUCUGAUGUAAUAUCUGAGUUACAUUCAGAUAUGUUAACACAAUCCCCUGUCACUGCAGAUUCGUAUUGUAAUAGAAUACCUUGUGGUAGUACACAUAACGCCUCUGAUAUUAAUUUGUCUAGUGCAUGUAGUCGUGUCAAUGUUUCACCUGUCUCAUCAGCUCACUGUAAAGAUAACAUAGUGGCUUCUACUAAUACUGAUACCAAAGGCGAAAUUCAUACAGAAUAUAUGUCACUAAGUAGUGAUAAGUUGCCAGAGGUUGGAACCAUGCAGAAAGAUGAAGUUAAUGUACCUUCAUUUACUGAUCAUAAACAUUUUGUUGAAACCAGUACAGGAGAAAAUGUUAAAGUUUUAGAUCUUGAGACUCACGUUCAUGAAGCUUAUUCUCCCACUCAAUCAUCUUUGGUAAGAACUUGUUUUGAAUAUACUCCUGAAAGUCAUCUUUGUAGUGAAAAUAGUAAUUUAGAAAUCCAUUCAGUCAUCGAUGAUACCAAAUCUCAAAUAAGCAAUGAUUGCCAUGCCUCACAGUCUUCUUCCCCAUUUGGCAGCAUCGUGGAAGAUGUUGCUUCACCUUGGCCAGUCACCCGCGCCAGAUCUCCCCCUCCACCACCACCUCGUUCUGGUAUCAACACACCCAGACCAGCUACGGCAGCUCCUUUACCUCCUCCAAGGCAAUACAUCCUUGUCCCUAUUAACCAAACUCAUGGAACACCCAGAAGAUUUAGCCCUCCACCUGCUCCACCUCGAUCCACAUCCAUUCGUAAAUCUCCCCCACCACCACCCCCACCACGAUCUGUUGUUCACACUCCAGCGGGAAAGAAUGAGUGGCUUGAUUUUCCUCCACUUCCUCCCCCUCCAACUUCAUGCAUCAACACCCCAAUUACUCCUCCACUAAAGCUGACUCCUGUGCCAGAAGAGUCUUCGUCUCCAACUACACCUCUUCCUUCAACACGACCAUCACCUAGGAACUCUCAGGCAGCAUUCUCUACCAUUAAGAAAUCUCUCUCUAAAAUAAACUCUUCACUUGAAGCACCAGAUCCUCCUAGUUUGAUUGCUUUGACACUCCUGGCACAAGUGGACGAGAAAGGACAAACGGGCUCUUUAACGUGCAACACUCGCUCACAGUCUGUUUCAUCUGUAACAGGAAGCACAUCUUUUAAACUAAAUGUUACAUAUAAAGAUGAUCCUCCAGCUGUUCCACCACCUCCGGUAGAGGAUUAUGAAGAACCAUCACCACCUCCACCUCCUCCUCCUCCUCCUCCUCUGGAAGAAUCUGAGGUUGAACCUGUGCUUCCACUUCCUCUUCCACCUGAUGAUUUACCACCAUCGCCAUCUAGAUUACAGUCUGCAUCUUCGCAACUUCCUCCUCCUCCUCCUCCUCCAAAUAUUAUUUUCUCUAAUCAAGAAGAUUCAAUAAGACGUUCUGUACCAUUUCCUGCUCAAGAUGCUUUAUCCUCUAAUUCUUGCAGUAUUCCUCCUUCAGAGUCUGAAACUACGCCUUCAAUGUUUAUGCCAACGUCAACACCACAGCCCGCAGCAAAAGUGCCAGCAGCCCAUUCACAAUUCAUGCCUGACCUUAGCUCUUCGGCAACUUCUUCAUCAGCACUUUCUCCACAUUCACCCACAUCUCUCAAUAAAAAUAUUUCAGCAUCUCCAGUACCAUCCACAUCUCUCACUUCGUCUGCCCCCUUGCCUCCAAGACCACCUUCUCCUAAACCUGGAGCAUCUGGGGUAACGAAAUCACCUCUAAUAACAACUUCGCCUUAUGGCAAAAUAGUCAUUAUUCGUUCUGAUCUGCCAUUGCCACCA